GCGGCGCAACGGAGGUAACUGCGGAGGCCAGCCUGGGUGAGCGACGCCAUGCCGUACGCGAACCAGCCUACGGUGCGGAUCACUGAGCUUACCGACGAGAAUGUCAAGUUCAUCAUCGAGAAUACGGACCUAGCGGUGGCCAAUUCUAUUCGGAGGGUCUUCAUCGCUGAGGUGCCCAUUAUAGCCAUUGACUGGGUGCAGAUUGACGCCAAUUCCUCCGUCCUUCAUGACGAGUUCAUUGCUCACAGGCUUGGAUUAAUUCCCCUCAUUAGUGACGACAUUGUGGACAAGCUGCAGUACUCCCGGGACUGCACGUGUGAAGAGUUCUGCCCCGAGUGCUCGGUGGAGUUCACCCUUGAUGUGCGCUGCAAUGAGGACCAGACUCGGCAUGUCACGUCUCGAGACCUCAUCUCCAACAGCCCCCGUGUCAUCCCGGUAACAUCCCGGAACCGAGACAAUGACCCCAAUGACUACGUGGAGCAGGACGACAUCCUCAUUGUCAAACUCAGAAAGGGGCAGGAGCUGAGACUUCGAGCCUAUGCCAAAAAGGGCUUUGGCAAGGAACAUGCCAAGUGGAACCCUACUGCAGGGGUGGCUUUUGAAUAUGAUCCAGACAAUGCGCUGAGGCACACAGUGUACCCUAAGCCGGAGGAGUGGCCGAAGAGUGAGUACUCGGAGCUGGAUGAAGAUGAGUCCCAGGCCCCCUACGACCCCAACGGCAAGCCAGAGAGGUUUUACUACAAUGUGGAGUCCUGUGGCUCUCUGCGCCCGGAAACCAUUGUUCUCUCAGCCCUCUCGGGGUUGAAGAAGAAGCUGAGUGAUUUACAGACCCAAUUAAGCCACGAGAUCCAGAGUGACGUCCUGACCAUAAAUUAGCUGUAGCUUGACUGUCUCAGCAAAGGGGAGACAAGCUAGCAGCUAGCUAGACUUCAGCUCUUGCCAGAUGCUUCCAGACUCCUGGGCUGCCAGCGCUCAAGCUUCUUGGCAGGCACCAACUAGAUGGGUC